AUGUUUGCUGCCAAGACGCUCCUUCUUCCUCUCCUUGCCCUCGCCGGCCUUGUUCAGUCGUCUCCUCUGGCUGCCAGGCAAAGCGAGGCGUGGAAAACCCUGCCCGCCACCCCCAAGCUGCCCUCGCCCAUCAGCAGCACCAAGGCAUCCAUCAACGGCGCCCAGCUGUGGUUCCAGAAGUACAAUGAGGCAGCCGGCGGCACUCCCAUAGUCUUCAUCCACGGCGGUCUCGGAUACUCGGCCUACUUCGGCGACGUCAUCAGCUCCGUCUCGAAGACCCACUAUGUCAUCGCCGUCGACCGCCGCGGCCACGGCCGCAGCACGUACGGCGCCAACGACAAGUUCACCUUCGAGAUGUUCGCCAAGGACACGCACGACCUGCUCAAGGCCCAGGGCGUCAGCCAGGCGGCGUGGGUGGGCUGGUCCGACGGCGCCGCCACGACGCUGGCCGGCCUGCUCGACAGCACCAUCGCCCCCUCCAUCACCAAGGCCUUCGUCUUCGCCGGCUUCCAGAGCUUCGCCGACACCAACGCCACCUUCACCGACACGACCAUCUACAGCGACUUCGUCUCCCGCUGCGCCACCGAGUACGCCGCGCUGCAGCCCACGGCCAAGUUCUCCGACUUCGCCUCAAAGGUCGGCACCCUCGAGGCCACCCUGCCCACCUGGACCGACGCCGACCUGGCCAAGAUCGACGGCAAGAAGGUGACCAUCUCCGGCGCUGACCACGACGAGGCCGUCAACCUGGCUGUGCCCAAGCACCUAAACUCGGUCAUUGCCGGCAGCAAGCUGGUUAUGAUGACGGGCGUUAGCCACUUUGCUCCCGCUCAGGACCCCGUGCAGUUCUCGCAGAAGAUUGAGAGCUUCAUUGCCGCUUAG